AGCAGCGUGUGCGAGCGCAACCAACUCACGUCACGUUGCCGUACGAGAAGUGCGCGAGGUGAAGUGCGUUCGGCUCGCGCCUCCGAAAAAAACGUAAAUACCAGUAGUCCAGCCGAGGAGAGGGUGUGCAACACCCGCGUGUUCCGGCCGCCUACAGAAGAAGGAACAAAGAGAAAGAGAGAGAGACAGCGAGCUGACGCUGUUAUCGUUGCGGCAAGAUGAGCGGACUGCUGAAGCUCUCGGGCCUCCUGGCCAAGGGCCUGCCCUCGACGACGCUGAACAAAUUAGGCCUACCCAUUAUCAGCCAACGGGCUCUACAUUACACACCCAACAGUGGUUUUGCUAAAACUUCAGAUGGAAUUUCGCAAAACUACCCUGUAGUCGAUCAUACUUUUGAUGCAGUGGUAGUUGGUGCUGGUGGUGCUGGUCUCCGAGCUGCCUAUGGUCUAGUCGAGGAGGGUUUCAAGACUGCUGUGGUCACCAAAUUAUUUCCAACAAGAUCUCACACUGUUGCUGCCCAAGGAGGUAUCAAUGCAGCGCUUGGAAAUAUGGAGGAAGAUAAUUGGCAGUGGCACAUGUAUGACACAGUCAAGGGUUCUGAUUGGCUUGGAGAUCAAGAUGCCAUUCACUACAUGACCAGGGAGGCCCCAAAAGCUGUGAUUGAAUUAGAAAAUUGCGGCAUGCCUUUCAGUCGAACUACUGAGGGUAAAAUCUACCAACGAGCCUUCGGAGGUCAAUCUCUCAAGUUCGGCAAGGGAGGUCAGGCUCAUCGUUGCUGCUGCGUCGCCGACAGAACGGGACACUCGCUUCUGCAUACACUGUACGGACAGUCUCUAAGUUUCGAUUGCAAUUACUUCAUCGAGUACUUCGCUCUGGACCUGCUGAUGGAGGAUGGUGAGUGUCGAGGCGUCAUCGCUCUCUGCCUCGAGGAUGGCACGCUCCACCGUUUCCACGCCAAGAACACGGUGCUGGCCACCGGUGGAUACGGUCGUGCUUACUUCUCCUGUACGUCCGCCCACACUUGUACUGGUGACGGUACUGCUAUGGUCUCUAGGGCGAACCUGCCCAACCAGGAUCUUGAGUUCGUGCAGUUCCAUCCGACCGGUAUCUAUGGUGCUGGUUGCCUGAUCACCGAGGGCAGCAGAGGAGAAGGUGGCUACUUGGUGAACAGCGAGGGUGAGAGAUUUAUGGAGCGUUACGCUCCCGUGGCCAAGGAUCUCGCGUCUCGAGACGUAGUCUCAAGAUCCAUGACCAUCGAGAUCCGCGAAGGCAGAGGAGUCGGUCCCGAGAAAGAUCACAUUUACCUGCAGUUGCAUCACCUGCCACCAGAGCAGCUCGCUGCCAGGCUACCCGGAAUCUCCGAGACAGCGAUGAUCUUCGCUGGAGUCGACGUUACACGCGAACCAAUCCCUGUGUUACCCACUGUGCAUUACAAUAUGGGUGGCGUUCCAACGAAUUACAGAGGACAAGUUUUGACGUCCAAGAACAACCAAGACUCGGUGGUACCAGGCCUCUAUGCUUGCGGUGAAUCUGCUUGCGCCUCCGUCCACGGAGCUAACCGACUUGGUGCUAACUCGCUGCUGGAUCUGGUUGUAUUUGGCAGAGCUUGCGCGAAGACCAUUUCUGAGGAGAACAAGCCUGGCGAAAAGAUUGGAAGCCUCCGAACUAACGCUGGAGAAGAAUCAGUAGCAAACCUCGAUAAAAUAAGAAAUGCUAAAGGAAACAUCUCGACUGCUGAAUUAAGACUGACUAUGCAGAAGACUAUGCAGACUCACGCCGCUGUCUUUAGGCAGGCUGACACCUUGCAAGAAGGUUGCAAGAAAAUGUCGGCGUUGUACAAAAAGCUGGAUGACCUUAAAAUUACCGAUAGAUCCCUCGUCUGGAAUUCUGACCUGAUCGAGACCCUCGAGCUUCAGAAUCUGAUGGUCAAUGCAAUGCAGACAAUCUACGCCGCAGAGAACCGCAAGGAGAGUCGUGGUGCCCACGCACGAGAGGACUUCAAAGACAGAAUCGACGAGUACGAUUACAGCAAGCCACUCGAAGGACAGCAGCCCAAGCCUUUGGAUCAGCACUGGCGAAAGCAUACUCUCACGCACGUCGACAUCAACACUGGAGACGUCAAAAUCGACUACAGGCCUGUUAUAGACCACACACUAGACGACAAGGAAUGCAAAACUGUACCACCUGCAAUUCGUUCUUAUUAGACUAAUUUUCCGGGGAAUCUCUUGUACGUAGUCUUUAUCCUUUAUAUCCCGGCAAUUUGGUUAGGCGAAUUGAGAAAUUAUGCGAACGAGUCACGAGAAUUGCAUGAACACCCACAAUCAACGAUUAAUUUCCGAGAAAUUAUGACGACGAAUAACCACGAAGAUCUAGUUGAAAUCAGACAAGCCAAGUCGUUAACAUUGAGUGAACCUAUUUACUUUUCCUGCGAGUACCAAAGUCAAGUUUUCAAACCUUUUUUCCCCGGUGUUGAGAGAAAUGCUCACAAAAAAAAAACAAAACAAAUAAUAUUUUCAACGACUAGAUAGACUCUCUUGGUACAAGGCAGAGGCGUUACUUACGAGCAACUGUGAGAUCAUAGCCUUAGUGAAGAUAAUAAUAGCUGAUUAAAGAAAAGUAUGUACGCGAAUCUUACACGGAGAUCGGUAAAAGAAGUUUUCUUAUUUUACUAGAAUGAAUUUCUAAAUUUAUAUAUAAAUACAUUUUCUGAAUGCUUUUAGAAUUGAACUAUUUACUUUUACAUUAAACUUAAAUGAUUAGAUAAAUAAUGUAAACCUAAAAUACGCCUUGUAAUUUCUCCUUGAAGGUUUGCUAAGAUAAAACCAUUAUGCCACUUGUAAAGCGGUUUCAUACUUAUAUAUUGCCAAAAUAACAGAAUGUCUUCGCUAUCAAAUUUUCUCUAGCUAUAAAGCAUCGCUGCAAUUAUUGUAAAUAAAACAACUAUACUCUUGUAAAGGCGAAGACUAUAAAAGUAGCCGCGAAAGUUGUAAAAGAAGAGAAUGUUUACCACACGAUUGUCCAUCGUCAUCAGAGAUAACGUUUACUUUGUACCGUAUUUUCAGUUGUGAAUUCAAAUGAAUUACGUAACGUGGAAUCGAUCAUUGUAUUGACAAGUAUUAAAUGAAAAGCGAGCGUUUACCAGUAUUUUGACGCGUCUUUCUUUUACCUCACAUGCUGCACACACACACACACACACACAUACACACACAGAGAGUUACGAUCUCUGCUAUAAGGCGAAACAAGAAAGAGCUCAAUCGCCGUUAUCUAUGAAACGGACACUAGUUUCUACUUUGCGGCCGUGCUGAUUAUGAUUGACGAGCUCGAUGUCAAAACUUGUAAAUUUUGCACCAGAUUGUGUAAUAAUUUAAACAAACAUCCACGAAUCGUGCAAAGUUUAAGAUGCGGCACAAGCACGAACUUAGUUUUUAUUUAUGAUGAAGAAUAUUUUUGAACAAUCUUUGAUCGUAUGGACAGGCUGCUGUGAAGGGUGUAUGUGCGAAUAUGAUUGAGAAAAUUGUUAAUAAACGCACGAAGACACCUUGAAUUUGAAUAAAUUUUGCGUUUUAUUUGUUGAAUAAGAUCUCGGCUUUAUAAUUAGUCAUCGAUUAAGUAAGUUAAUUAGCAUUAAUUAAAAUGUAGGAAGACUAAGGAGGCAAAUUUUUUAAAUUAUGAAAUACACAAUGAAUUACUAUA